UCUUCAAGACCUUCACACCCCCCACGCUCCUCCCUAACAACGGCACCAACGGCGCGCCCAUCUACUUCGCAGUCCGCGGCAAGGUCUUCGACGUCACGCCCGGCCGCAACUUCUACGGCCCUGGCGGACCAUACGAGAACUUCGCCGGCAGAGAUGCGUCGCGGGGCCUGGCGUGCGGAAGUUUCGACGAUGAUAUGUUGACAAAGGAUUUGCAGGCCCCGUUGGAUACGCUACAGGGGCUAGGGCCGGAUGAGAUGGAGUCGCUGCACGGCUGGGAGGAGAGGUUUGGGGAGAAGUAUUUGGUUGUUGGGCGCUUGGUUGCUGUUGGGGAUGAGGGGAAGGAGGGGGUGGAGAAUGUGCAGGGGAAGCAUCUUUCUGGUUGA